CCAUCCCACAAUGCAGCGGGGCGGCAGGGUCAACGCCAGGGCGAGCAGCGGCGGGGGAGGCGGGGACAGGCCUGUCACGAGCAGCGGCUGCUGAGCCUUCCCAACAGCCGGACGCUGACACUGUACCGGGACUAGGAUAGCACCUAAUUGACGCGGAAUAAAAAGCCAUUCACCGUCAAUGCAUACAAAAAAAGAAGAUGCGCAGAGCGAAAACGAGGAGCCCACAUGGCAAAGCAGGUCUUUAGAAGCAGCUGGCUGGCAGUAGAGAGCUGCCACAGAGCAAAUGCAACAUAUCGCAUUACAGCGCUGCCCGUCAACCUGCAAAAAGACGAAGACAAAUUAAUUAGAAAUAAACCUGGCUCAAUACCGAUAAACCUCCAAAGGUAAAAGAAGAGGCUGGCGUGGACGUUAACUCUACACUACCCUGCAAGAAAUGUCCGAUAAAAGAUAGCUUGGCCUGAGCUACCACAUUCCUGGUAAUAAUAUUGAAAACUACCUUAUGGCUAUUUUGAGGAAACUGAACCAUAUUCUACUGUUUUUGCUUGUCCUGACCUUUUGUGUGAUAUGGUAUAGUAAUUUCUACAAGGCACCCACACCCAAAGAAGAUGAAGACAUGGAUCCAGUUGAUGAAAUGGAUGAAGAUGUCAUUCCUGUUGUCAUCUGUGCCCCCUCAGGAAGAAUGGGAGGUACUAUGGCUGCAAUCAACAGCAUCUAUAGGCACACCAAUGCCAAUGUUCUGUUUUAUAUAGUUGGACUGAGGAACACUUUAAAUCAUAUAAGAAAAUGGAUUGAAGGCACUCAGCUGGCAGACAUAAAUUUUAAGAUUGUGGAAUUUAAUCCAAUGGUACUUAAAGGGAAAAUUCAUCCUGGUGUAGCCUUUCCUGAGCUUCUGCAACCACUAAACUUUGUUCGUUUUUACCUUCCACUGCUUACUAUGGAACAUGAAAAAGUAAUUUAUUUGGACGACGACAUUAUUGUUUUAGGUGAUAUUCAGGAAUUAUAUGACACAAAGAUAUCAAAGGGACACGUUGCUGCUUUUUCUGAAGACUGUGAUUUGCCAUCAAUACAAGAAGUAGUCAAUAAAGUAGGAAUACAGAACACCUACAUGGGUUUUCUCGACUACCGAAAGAAAACCAUUCAAAAACUUGGAAUCAGCCCAAGUACUUGUUCCUUUAACCCGGGAGUCUUUGUAGCUAAUAUGACUGAGUGGAGACAACAGCACAUUACCAAGAAAUUGGAAAAAUGGAUGAAGAAAAAUGUUGAGGAGAAUCUGUACAGCAGCACCGUUGGGGGUGGUGUGGCCACCCCUCCCAUGCUUAUAGUGUUUCAUGAAAAAUACUCCCCAAUCACACCUUACUGGCACAUUCGACAUCUUGGAUGGAGCCCGGAUGAGCAGCUUUUGGAAAGCGUUCUUCAGGAUGCAAAGCUUCUUCACUGGAACGGAAGAUAUAAACCUUGGCAGGCCACAAGUGCACACAAGAAGCUGUGGGAGAAAUGGUAUAUUCCGGACCCCACUGGCAGAUUCCAGCUACACAAUCGCUAACACCGCUCCAAAGUAUGUAAUUACGUUCUUGAAUUAGAGCUGCCAACCAGGGGGCCAGUACAGCUUUAUGGGCCCCCCACACUACCUUAUCCUUCCAUAUCCCUACCUUAACUGCCCAUGGCAAAUAAGUAAACAGAUGUAACAUGCAAACAUACUUUGAUAACACAGCAGAAUUACGUUUUACAUGGAGUACUGUUUGUGAUUCAUAAAGGUGCCACAAGUGUAUAGUUUGUAAGAACUGAAUUUCUUUAUGCAUAUCUCUAUUGCAGAUAUGAUAGUGCCACUUUACCAACACAUUAUGACAUGAUUAUGCACCUUGUGCUUCCACAGAUAUGUACGUUCUUAUUCACCUACCUUUGUAAAUCACUCCAAAUGUGUUUAAAGUACACCCAGGAUUGCAAUCAUCUAUCUCAUAAGUGGUUCUCUUCUUAUCUUUUGCUGGUGCUUUCAAUGAUUAUCACUUCAAAAAGUAAAUGAGAGUGACUGCA